CUAGGAAGAAGUUAGUCUUACUGUCUUAGCAGAUGUAUUUCAAGGUAAUCACAAUUAGGUGGAAAAGUUGCGCAUAUUCUUACUGCUUUGAUAGUGAGAUACUAAUUUUUAGCAAUGUCGGGAAAACUAAGGAAAAGUAAUAUCAGGUGGGAGAGUUCGACGGAGGAAGAUGAUACGUACGAACCAAAAUAUAAGAUAAGACUGAGAGAGUCAUUAAGGAAUACUCAACAAUCUGCCACAACCGAGAAUGAGAUUGUUAUGGAGCCACGAAAGCGGGGCCGAGGACCUUCCAAGAGGCCUUGCCUUAAUAGAAAUGCUUUGAUGGCUCGAGAAAAUAGACUGAAGAAAAAAGCGUAUUUAGAAAAGAUAGAAAAUAAACUUUCGUUUUAUCAGAAGGAGAACAAAAAUCUGGUUAACAUUAUAAAGAAACAAAGUAUAGAUAUCAAACGGUUGAAUGGCGAAGUUGCUUAUUUGAAGAGCGUGUUGAAUAAUAACACUAGCAUUACGGCAUUGCUCAAAACUAUCAACGAUGGUCUUCGUAAAAUUAAUGCACAAAAAAAGAAUUCAUUCCUGCCAAACCAUAUUUCUGAAUGUUCAAAUGAAGCAGAUACGCAACAUAAGUGUACACGUUACACAAAUAUCAAGGAAAAUAUAUUAAACUCUCAGAGUACUAAUAUAUUUAUUACAAAUGUCAAUAACGAUACAUUAGCAGAACAUAGUACAACUGAAAAUGAAAACAACGAGUCUUAUAUGAAUCCCAGGAGACAAUAUACAUUUGACACCAAGAACAACUCACAGAAUAUGGAAACUUUUAAUGCAAUAACUUCAAGUACAAGUUCAAUAUCGGAAGAUGGUUAUAUAGAUAAUGUAAAAGACUUGGAUAGUUUGUUACCGAUUACACAAACAGAUUUAUCCACUAUAGAAGAGAAAAAGGAUACCGAUACCAUUGGGAUUGACUUUGAUCAAUUGUCCACGUUCAAUAUGGAUAUAUUUGAGGAUUUACCUAAAUGUGACGAGAUCAUGAAUACAGUGGACAGUUUAAAUGAUACCUCUAAUCUUUUCACCGAAGAGGAAAUAUCCCAAACUCUGGACAACACUGGAAUCUGUCUUCAUGUCAAUUCAGAUAAAGAUAGUACCAUGUUGCCAUUGAAGUUUGCUAGGAAGGAUCAAACAAAAAGUCGAAGUCUGGCAUGCCUGACACGCUGUGUUUAAUGCUGUAACAUAGUAUUUUGGAGCGAUUGCAAUUAGUUCUUGUUGGAAGCGUAAGUGGAAUCACGAUCAUCCCCCUUCUUUUAUAUUCGAUAUAUAAUGCUAUAAGCAGCUACAUCCCGAGGAUGCUCCUGCCAAUACGGAACAUUCCAUCCACUGAUCGAAUAUUGUAGUAAUUGAAACUCAAAUCUGGAAGUUGAAUAGUACAUGAAACAUAGUCGCAUCAGACAGUAUUAGUUAAAAGCGGUCUUGGAAUGCCAGAAAUAUUUUAUUUCUCAAUUAUUUAAAAUAUUUUUCUUCAGUAUUCACAUUUCAAAGAGUUGAAGUCUGUUUCUACAGUUUUUCGGGGAAAAGAAGUGUAACGAUUUUAUUAUAAUGAUAUAUUCUUGUUUUAAUACAUACACUAUUUUUUAAUA